GGAUUCGAGACAAGUGAGAGCAGUUGUUCGCUGUGCAUUUUGAUAUUCAGAUUUCAAAUAACUCUGCAUGAAAGAAAGAAAAGAACGCAACUUAGAAAAUGUUCCUUGUUCAUUCAUGAGCGCUCCUGUGAAAAAAAAUGUGUGCGAGCCUUUCUCUGGCUGCGCGCGCCCGUGGUAAUGUCCGCCAUUUUGAUUAGAAUAUAUGACAGAUAUUUUCUUGCUUCAUCUUAAAUUUUAAGGUUGACGGUUGGAUUUUAAGCAUUUAUUUUAUUUGCACGAAAUAAAGCACAUAACUACAGGAAGCAAAAAUAAAAUACACGUUUGAACUGUCGGUAUAUGAUUAUCUUGGAUGAAAGCCGGAGAAAAAAACGGUAGCACGAAUGUUUACGCUAAACAAAUCACAAUAAAUUGAACGACUUUUUUUUUAUAAGACAGGUUUGGGAAGAUUUUUUUUACCUAGAAGUGGAGGCUGGGAGGGUUCUGGAAGACAAAUGUUUGUCUCCCUGUGGAAGAGAUUUAAUUAAAGACACACAUUGUUUAUCAACAGUUCUGUGUGCCUGGUCACCAUGUUCUGGAAGUUCGACUUGCACACCACCUCUCACAUCGACAAGCUGCUGGAUAAGGAGGAUGUGACGCUGCGAGAGCUGAUGGAUGAAGAUGACAUCCUGCAGGAGUGCAAGGCCCAGAACCGUCGGCUCCUACUUUUCCUGAGCCAGGAUCAGUGCAUGGAGGACCUGGUCACCCUCAUAACUCAGGAGCCGCCCACAGACAUAGACGAGAAGAUACGUUUCAAAUAUCCUAACAUCGCCUGUGAGCUGCUGACGUCUGAUGUGAACCAUAUCAAUGAUAAACUUGGAGGGGACGAGUCUUUGCUCGAAAUACUAUACAGAUUCCUAGAACAGGAGCCACCCCUGAAUCCUCUGCUCGCCAGUUUCUUCAGCAAAACUAUUGGAAACCUCAUAGCUAGAAAAACAGAACAGGUUAUUAGCUUUUUGAGGAAGAAAGAUGGUUUCAUCAGCCUAGUCCUGAAACACAUUGACACUUCAGCCAUGAUGGAUCUACUGCUUCGUCUCAUCAGCUGUGUGGAGCCUGCCCCUUUACGACAAGAGGUCUUAAAUUGGCUGAAUGAAGAGAAGUUGAUUCAGCGACUUGUAGAUCUUAUCCGCACAGGUCAAGAUGACGAGAAACAGUCCAAUGCUUCCCAGACUCUGUGUGAUAUAAUCAGACUAAGCAGAGACCAGGCAACCCAGAUGCAAGAUACUACAGAACCUGACCCACUGCUUACUGUACUAGAAUCGCAGGAUACUGUCGAACAGCUUUUGAAGAAUAUGUUCAAGGAAGACAAGAGUGAGAACUGCUUAGUAAACGGAACUCAAGUGCUACUUACAUUACUAGAAACCAGAAGGCCAGGGGUGGAAGGGCUGAUGGAUUUGUGUUCUCAGGGAUAUGAAAGGUCUUACACUGUCAAUAGCAGCAUUUUACUUGGUAUUGAACCUCAUCUGAAGGAUUUUCAGCAGCUUCUGCUCAAUCCUCCUAAGAAAAGUGCAAUACUGACUACAAUAGGAGUACUCGAGGAGCCGCUGGGAAAUGCUCGCCUUCACGUUUCCAGACUCAUUGCCUCCUUGCUUCAGACCAGCACAGCCAGAAUCAACCAGGAACUAUGCAGGCUUGAUACCAUGGAUCUUCUACUUGACUUGUUUUUUAAAUACACCUGGAAUAACUUUUUGCACUUCCAAGUGGAGCUGUGUAUAGCAGCUAUCUUGACCCACUCGGCACUUGAAGAGAAGACAGCAGGGAGUCCAGCGAAUAAAGCUGAGGAUGAACAGAGCGAGAAUCCAAACCCAGAGAACCCCACUGACAGCAGCUCUGAGAAUAUCCUUGUGACACAUCUUUUCCAGAAGUGCUGUUUGGUGCAGAGGAUACUGGAUGCCUGGGAAGCAAAUGAUAAAAUACAGGCAGAAGGUGGGAUGAGAAGAGGCAACAUGGGGCAUCUCACCAGAAUAGCUAAUACUGUGGUACAGAACAUGGAGAAAGGACCUGUCCAGGCUCAAAUUAGUGACCUCAUCAAAGAGCUGCCUGAGGACUGUCAAGGACGGUGGGAAAGUUUUGUAGAGGAGACUUUAACUGAGACAAACAGAAGAAACACUGUUGAUCUGGUGAGCACGCACAACCUACACUCUUCCAGUGAAGAUGAUGACAUGGAAAGCCCAUUCCAUAAUGAGAUAUCGCUUCAGCAGGCGUUUUCAGAUUAUCAGAUCCAGCAGAUGACUGCCAAUUUUGUAGACCAGUUUGGGUUUAACGACGAGGAAUUCGCAGAACAAACCGACAACGUAAAUGCCACGUUUGACAGGAUUGCAGAAAUAAAUUUCACAUUAGAUGCUGAUGAUGAUAGUCCAAAUGCAGCUGUGUUUGAGGCAUGCUGUAAGGAGCGGAUACAGCAGUUUGAUGACAAUGAGGAUGAAGAGGACAUCUGGGAAGAGAAAGAGAUCAACUAUGCAACGCAAGUCAAAUCGAGAACAAGGUUUGGUGUUUCAAAUACCUCUGAAAGCUCCUCUAAGAGUGAUGUGGAAAACGGAGAGCAGGAUGGGAGCAUCGAUUCAGAGGAAGAACAGGAUCCAGAGCCCCAGCCACAGCCAGAGCCCAAGCCACAGCCAGAGCCCCAGCCACAGCCAGAGCCUGGAGAGCCAGCAGCCAAGACAGAAACCAAUGGAAACCGGAAUCGCCAGGCUGAGAGCAAACAAGCAGAUUCACCCAAAAGCCCUGUAUGGACAGCUACCUUUGAGGACACAGUGAACUCUAAGCCUCCCCUUCCAUGCGCGGCUGUGGAUGUGGGCUCCAGCAUCUGGGAUUCAGCAGCAGCAGCAGCAUGCGAUACCACUAUAACCGAGGGAAAAGGAUGGGCAAAGUUUACAGACUUUCAGCCUUUCUGUUGCUCAGAGUCUGGCCCCAGAUGUAGCUCCCCUGUCGACUCAGACAGUAAUGAUUCUGAAGAGCACCCCAAACAAAACCAGGACAAAAACUUUAGUGGCUCCUCCCCUUGCGUCUGGAACGUUUGUGUGGCACGAAAGGCACCUUUGGUGGCAUCUGACAGCAGCUCGUCUGGCGGGUCUGACAGUGAAGAGGAGGAAGAUAAAACAGACAUAGUCACAGAAACCAUAAAGACUGGCUCAGGGCAUGAAACCGUCAAACUCACCAUGGACGCCAAAAAUGAGAAAGCAGUCUUCACAAGAGGGAAGGACUCCUACAGAAUAUUUAGGCCUUCAGUUAGAUGUGAUGCAGAUUCCAUGCUUAUAGACAAGCUCACUAUAACGGAUGUCCCUCAGAAGGGAUGUGAAUCUCCACACAGGAUAGAUCCGUCAGAAGACCCUCUAAACUCAAACGCUACAGACAGCACAACAACAGAGCUUAUAGCAAAAGACAGAAACAGAGAAGAGGCAGUGCCUUCUUCUGAAGCAGCUAUCAAUGGUCCUGUUUGAUGAUGUUGGGAUAAGAGCAGGACAGGUCUGGGUGUGAUCUACGUAAACGGGAGCACCAAUUGAAAUGAAGCCGUACCGAAAGCAAACCACUGCAAAUGGAAAAGAGGCUUUAGCACUCCCUGCCCUGAUGUCUUUCACUGGUCCUUGUAUUAUCGUCAUGGUGAUCCCUCGCCCCUACCUCCUGGUUUAACGGUGUGAUCAGUAUGGCAUGCAUCCUUUGGGCAGAUAAUUUGAAUUCAAAGCCUGCUACCUAAAGUUUUUUUUUUAAUUUAUCUAAAAUGGUUGAUUUUUAAAUUUAGUUCCUAAACUAAAUUUCCUCAUUAGGCUUUACUUUCACUAUCUUAUAAUUAGAUCAGCAUUUUAUAUUUUAAUGCCUUUAGUUCUUGAUGAAUUUGAUUAGUGAUGUAUUUUUAAAUCUUCUAAAUCAUUUCAGUUGUUUUUGAGAAUCAAAAACAUAAUUCCAUUAUAACAAGUCCAAGCUCAAUGGCAAUGGUAGUCACAAGCUUGUAGAAAUUGGGGAUUGGAAAUAUGGGAAAGCCAUUAGGCCUGGUCCUCACAACCUUAAAAUGAGACCCAGUAACUCAUUCCCUAUUCAAUAUUAGAGGACCUUUUUGAAGUUACAGCGCCGAUAGUUACCGAACACUUUUACUAGUCUCUGGUUAUUCCCUGUUUGUUUGUCUGUCAUGCCAGUCAAAUAAAGUACAGUAUAGCUAGAAACUGAUGUGUGAUAUAUUCUUUUUAGAUUUACAAAUCUUUGCUACAGCCAUUACUAAUAGCAAUACUAAUAAGGUGGUGUUUUGAAGGGAUGGAAGCAAUGUAAGUGGAGGAGUUGGAAAGUUUGAAUAUGUAUUGUAAAAGAGGCAGCAACAUACGUUGAGAAGCUUUAAAGUUCACAGCAUGUUUUGCUUUAAGCCAAACAUAGAUUCUGCUGUAUUAAAUGUUAGCUGUUUCAAAUCUAGACCUCCUAACCUAGGACAAAUGAGCUUGUUGGGGGAAUGGAGGGAUGUUUUACAGAGAACAACAUUCACCACAGCAAAUUUAUUUAUUUAUUUUUAAACAUUCCUUUACAAAAGGGAGCUGCAAAAGGUCUGUCAACAAUCAAAAUAUUCUUUACUGAAGAGCAGCUGAUAUAGACAGUCAUUUUUCAUAAUAACUUACUUUGACUUCAUCCUGUAGUUCCCAGUGCCUAUAGCAGUCUGAACACACCUCUACAUUGUAACAAUCCUUCCCAAUUACCAGCCCAUUUCAGCCAAAAAUAUUUUUAUUUAGUCUGGGUUCUGUACUUUUUAAACAAAAGAAUAUUAAAAAAAAAAAAAAAAUGUUUGAACUCGUGAGUUUAGAAAUUGAACACAAAUUUAUAUUACAAAAACAUUGUAUUCCUUUUUUUAUGGCUUGUUUUUGCUCAGGAACUAUAAUCAGUUAUUGCAUAAGAGUUAGGCUAUGCAGCAUUGAACUGGAAUGUGUAGCCAAUGAAAUAUAGUGCUCGCUUGCAGUUGCCAAGUUUGGAUGUUUGUAUUUCUCUCAAUUUAGAAGAACAGUUUACCCCAUUACAAGUUAAAUAAUUCUGAACAUGCUUAUACCAGUCUGUUCCCAUAGAUGUUGCAGUAUGGGGAAAAAGCUCUUUAUACUAGUCAAGGGGAUGAAGUGUGCUGCAGUAACCAGUGUUCAAUUAUUUAAAAUCCAGUUUAGUCCUUCCACACCUCCAGAAUAAACCCAAAGUGAUUGCUCCUUAUCUUUUCAACACUUACUCUGUGGCCUUUUAUGUUAAAUUGUACUGAAUCUGGGAUAUAGUGCAAAGUAGUAGGGCCCCCUUUCAAUGAUGCUUAAAUGAUAUAGUACUUUAGAGUGUGUCUAUAUUUUAUCUUUGUAAUUAUUGUAUGUAUGUAUUUAUGUAUAUGAGGUACAAAAAAAAUAAAAAAUAAAAAUCUG